CCCUUCUGACCAAGGUGUUUGCUCAAUAAAUGCGGCUGAUCAUGACACGAUGUCAACACCCGUCACUCAUGAAAGCCUCGCUUAUCACGGUCGUGUUCGUAGCCCUGGCAAGCUGUGCGGUUGUCACGGAGCGGAGGCUGCAGCACACUUUUGAUACCAUGAAACCCAACCUGCGUGAGAACCUGCAGCAGGCAGGGCUGCUGUUCGGUGGGGCUUCUUGGGUUGGAACUGCGCCUUGGUGCAAAGGAGAGUGCGCUGUUGGAGAAGUCGAAGCGGCUGUUGCCCCUUCAGGACAUUCUACCCAUUACGCGUCCCUGUCCAACUUCGGCGGGGAUUGUUAUAUUGGAGAAAAGGCACUUUGCACAAGCCAAUAUUCUUCUUGUAAGUCGUGUGACAUACAGUAUUUUGACGUGGUUCCAAGUUCCCCACAAAGGUACGACCACCAGCACGACUCUGCACUUCGUGUGCGCUUUGGGCUAUCCAUCCAUACCAGUUCCAGGUUGGACAUAUGAGGGGUAAGUUCGCGUUUGCAACAAUGACUGCUCCAGAAUGCAUACUCAUCAUCGUCGUAGGUGCAGCCUGAAUACCGCUGUUACGUUGUGCCCUAACCCCAGCGUCCGCCCCGUCUUCGUCCGCCUUACAAACAAUCUGCACCGAAGUGGAAAGAUACCAGGGCCCUUCGCUCUUCAGGCAGAUGUUGAGGUCGCUUGUUGUGUAUGAAGUACUUGGUAUGAAGGGAACGGGAAUCACAUCCAGCACCGUUUGAAUGUGUCUUGAUUGGAUCAAGAACCCAAGACGUGUACAGCCUCCAUCACAAGUGCCCCCAAUGCCCUCGGAUCUUCUGAAGCUCACUCUGCGUGCCUGCCAAGUAACUCGAUGUAAGGAAGUACUUCCAUUCGUCUUUCCGUCAAAAGCAUGAUCACAACCGACAUUGACCCGCCAUCAACGACAACGAUGUAUGCCUUUCGUUUCAUGCCUGUUCUUUUCCUCGUCUCAACCUGCGUUGGUGUCGUUUCUCACGUAAGCUUCAGCCCGAGUCUAGGCGACCAGUGAGUGACGUGUAUUCUUGCUGAACGGGGUGUCACGAGCAAGACCGUUAAUGCACGCCUCUGGUCAGACUUCGACAGAUAGGGCUUGUAUCAAGCGGCGCAACUUGGAUAGGGACGGCGCCAUGGUGCAAGGGGGAGUGUGCUCCUGGAGAAUUGCAAGUUGCAGUCUCGUCCGGCAGGGAAGCUG